CUCCUCCAAAUUCGGUGGGACAACUCUAUGGUGAUUUUGUGGGCUCGGAGCUGAGGGUCUCGCGCCAAGCUGCUGCACCGACAGCCGCACCAGGAGCGACGGUUUCCCCGCUCCGGGCCCAAGGGCGGCGACAGCAGAAAGGACGACAUGAACUCCCGCCCAGCCCCGCUGCCUCGAGCCACCCCCUGGCGCUCCCUGCCUUGCCCGCGCGCCGAACUCCGCCUCGACCUGGUGCUCUGUGGCGGGCAGACCUUCCGGUGGUCGGAAACCAGCCCUGGCUACUGGACUGGUGUGCUGGCAGGAAGGGUUUGGACCCUCACACAGUCAGAGGAACAACUCUGGUACACGCUGCAUGAUGAAGACAAGGAGGAGGGGGGCAGCAGGGAGGAAGACGGCCUUUCUGAACCACCGCUGAAGAAAGGGAAAAAGCAGACACAGUCUGAUGUGAGCCGCGCUGGGACGAGCGAACGGUCGGGGAGCCAUUUGUCAGGAGAGCUGAUCCGAGGAAUGGAUGGAUUAACUCCUUCGCAGAUCCUCCAGGACUAUUUCCAGCUACAUGUCAACCUGUCUGCUUUGUACCAGGGCUGGUCUUAUGUUGACUCACACUUCCGGGAAGUAGCCAUUAAGUUCCCAGGGGUGCGGGUGCUGCGACAGGACCCCGUGGAAUGCCUCUUUUCCUUCAUCUGCACCUCCAACAACCAUCUCUCACGCAUCACCAACAUGAUCCAGCACCUGUGCCAGGCCUUUGGGCGCCGCCUCUGUCAACUGGACACCAAGACGUACCACGCGUUCCCCUCACUGCAGGCGAUGGCAGGAGCAGACACAGAAGCCCGGCUGAGGGACCUGGGUUUUGGAUAUCGGGCCCGGUUUGUUAGCGAGAGCGCCCGCGCCGUUCUGAAGACCCUGGGGGGCGCCGCCGGCCUGCAGCAGUUGCGCACUGUCCCUUACGAGCAGGCCCGGCAUGCCUUGUGCACCCUUCCCGGAGUGGGAGCCAAGGUGGCCGACUGUGUGUGCCUCAUGGCGCUGGACAAGGCCGAGGCGGUGCCUGUGGACACACAUAUAUGGCAGGUUGCCAAACGGUACUAUGGCCAGGAGCUGGGCAUGGGGGCCCGCAGCGUGACGGAGCGUGUACAUCGAGAAAUUGGGAACUUCUUCCGGAGCCUGUGGGGACCGUAUGCUGGAUGGGCACAGGCGGUUCUUUUCUGUGCGGAUCUAAGAAAAUACCAGGAGUCUCCAGAUCCAGACGCCAAACACCGCUGUGUCAAAGUGGCCAGGAGCAGCCACUCCACCUUGACAUAACAAUCUCUCUUGCAGCCCCAGUAUUAUUUGUGUGUCUGAUUCAGGCAAGUAAGAAAACGGUUUCCUCGACAGGGCCGGAGCCAGAUAGAGAGGCCUCCUCACUGACCACAGGCCGCUGUCUGAGCAGCUGAAGAGAGGGCCCGAAGGGUGUGUAUUGUGGACCUCCUAAUUACGCUGUUGCUGUUUGGUUGUUUUCCCACCAGGGGUCGCUUGUGGUCGAAGCAUGAUGUGUAGCCGCCAUGUAUUUGAUAGAAUAGAACGCUUUUUCCCUGUAGCUUUUGUCUCUUGCUUUGGCCUUGGAGUACAGUGUUACUGUGGUGUAGGCCAGUUGGAGGCGGUUUCCCUCCUUGCCAGAACCAGGGCCAUAUAUUUAGACUUUGAACUGACUUACUCACUGCAAAAAAGGAAUCUUCACACUGAGUGGCAGCCAGUGAGGGCGGAAGUCUCGUUUGCUAUUAGUGGUCUUGUUGAUGUUGGGUGUCUGG